GGUACAUCUGUUUGCCCUUCUACUCAUUCUGUUUCAGAAGUCUCACGUGCACCUUCUACUUUCAGUAAUGAGGGUGGCCCUAGAGCCGGUAUCAGAGGAACACAUUCAAGUGUAUCUUUGGUUUCCUGUAAUGUUCUCGGACUCUCACAUUUUCGAUUCUGUCGAUGUCCUUGCUGUGAGCAUGCGUCUUUUCCUCGAGUCGGACUUCAGGGGUCCUACGCUUUCGCAGUGGAGAAGCGGUAGUUGCUGUGCUUCGUAAUUGCAUGAAAUUUGGUUUCAAAUUGGACCAAAGUCUUCUGCACCCCGCUACACUUCAGGGAAUGUGACAUAGCUGUUCUUGCUGCUCCUUUCGCUGAUGGAGUGCGACGUGGAUACGAGGAGAGUCAGCAUCAGAACCUCAACAGCCAACAAGAGGGAACGUUGUACCAUGUAGCUGAAAUUUGUCCUGGAGAAACCUCUCCUUUGAGGACCGUGUUGCAUACUUAUUGGACUUUGUAAUUUGAUGAAUGUCUUUUCGUCUGUUUGUUUUUGGGCAGGGAAGUAAUGCUGGAGAAACAAUGGAUGGGACAGCAGGUAGAUCGUUCUAUUUGCACUUGGUUCUGGACACAGGCACAUCCCCCAGGCCACGACGAAUUUGGCCCUCCCAGAGUACCAGCUGUCAUAGCAUCACCAACGUAUUAUCUCAUCAGCAUAGUUCGAGAAGGCGUUACGUUCCUGGCCUGUACACUGUCCGAGAUGCAACCUUUGCUUGGCAUUGAGUUUCUUUGCAGGGUUGCUGAUGUCUUGGCAGAGUACUUCGGAGGCCUUAAUGAGGAUCUCAUCAAAGAUAACUACGUCCUUGUUUAUCAGCUUCUAGACGAGAUGAUGGACAGCGGGUUUCCUCUCACCACCGAGCCCAGCAUAUUGAAAGAGAUGAUUGCUCCGCCAAACUUUGUGAGUAGGGUUCUGAGUGUCGUAACUGGGGGUUCAUCAAGCAUGAGUAGCACUCUGCCGACAGCAGCCUCUUCAAACGUGCCGUGGCGAGCACUUGGAAUCAAGCAUACAAACAAUGAGAUAUACUUUGAUCUGGUUGAAGAGGUGGAUGCGAUUGUAAACAAGGAUGGAUUUCUGGUCAAAUGUCAAGUUUAUGGGGAGGUGCAGGGAAAUUCUCGGUUGUCAGGAAUGCCAGACCUUACUCUGAAUUUCACGAAUCCAUCUAUCAUCAGUGAUGUGAGGUUCCAUCCAUGCGUACGUUACCAGGACUGGGAAGCCCGUCAGCAUCUUAAAUUUAUACCUCCUGAUGGACAGUUCAAGCUUAUGAGCUACAGGGUCAAAGGCUUAGAAAAUACUCCGCUUUACGUGAAGCCUCAGUUGAGUUGCAGUGAAGGUGUGGUUCGAGUGAAUAUACUAGUGGGUAUCCGGAUCGACCCUGGUAGGACGAUAGAGAACAUCGUUGUCGAUGUACCAUGGCCACCUACGGUCACUACGGCUGAAUUGACUGCCAACCAUGGCACUGUACUUUUCAACAGUAGCACCAAGGUAUGUACUUGGACAAUUGGCAGGAUUCCUAAGGAUAAGUCUCCAUGUCUGACUGGUUCCGUGAACCUAGAAGCAGGCUUGGAUCGGUUGCAUGAAUUUCCUACCAUAUUGGUUGGAUUCAAAAUAAUGGGUGUAGCACUCUCAGGCUUGAAAGUUGAUAAGCUGGAAUAUGAUAACAUAGCGUACCGUGUUUACAAAGGGUUUAGAGCUGUCACCAAAGCCACCUGUUAUGAGAUAAGAACUUGAAUACGAUGUACAUAAUCAAUUGGUACUCAUAAGAGAGUACCCUAGCAGGAGAAAUACCUGCUAUUUGAACACGGUUUGUGAUUAUGUUAUAAAAUAUAUGCACACAUUGAA